AUGGAUCCACACAAACAGCUUCUGCAAGAGGCGGAAACCCAUAAGAAAUUUGCAUUUAUUGGAACGGUUGUUGGGUAAGUAUCAAGAAUUAUCACCUUACCAUUAUUCCGUUAAGACAGAAAAUUCUAAAACUUUUUAAAAGAAUGUCCUUCCCUUUUUCUCCUUCUACAAUUCUAGACGAUUUUUGACUCUUCCCCGCUCAUUGAAAUACAAAUAUGUUCCGUUUUUCAGAGUAGCGUCGGUAGUUGUAGCGGCCCUGUUGAUCCCUGCUUUGUGCACUUAUCUACAGCAUGUCCAAAUAAGUCUAGAAGAUGAGCUGGCCUUCUGUCAAUCACAAACUCGAAUCCUCCAAGAACAGUUUGAUAUUAAAACAAAAGGAAUGGGAAUCAGAAGGCAGAAGAGAGGUGGAUCUGCGGUUCAAGUCGAGCCUCAUUACUUGAGCCGAGCCAUUUAUUUGGGAGAAGGAAAGGCCAAGCCAAGGCCGCGAACCCAUGGGGCCAAGAUUGAGGCGGACGCCGAUGAAACCCUGCUGGAAUUCGACCGAGGAAACCGACAGGCCGAAUACGCCGGAUAUAACGCGGUAAGUCAAAUUGAAAUAAGUCGUUCUCUCUUUGAAUUUCCUUUUAUUGUGGAAAUAACAUGGCAUCUUCAGGCCGGAGAGAGCCCCAAACAACCCACCAGUCAUGCUGAUUACCCAGCCAAGGAAUUCAACCAUGAUGGAUAUGGAGCACCCGAACCCGCUCACGUUGAAGAUCAGGCUGCCAAGGACUCAAGCUCAGGCCAGUGUUCGUGCGGAGUUGGACCCGCCGGAGCCCCAGGACAACCCGGUCCCGACGGUCAUGAUGGUGAGGAUGGACAGCCAGGAAAGCCCGGAAACAAUGGAGAAGACGCUAAGGCUGCGGCUGACACAAAGCCAGACGACUUCUGCUUCGACUGCCCAGCGGGACCUCCCGGCCCACCUGGAGAAGCCGGUCCUCAAGGUCCAAGCGGAGAAAAUGGAUCGCCCGGACAAAGUGGACAGCCCGGAUCUCCUGGACCGCAAGGACCACCCGGCCCUGCUGGUCAAGCCGGAGCUCCAGGUCCCGAAGGUGCUCCUGGAGCCGCUGGGUCACCCGGAAAGGUCACUCAGGCCGAGGCAGUGGCAGGUCCACCCGGCCCACCAGGUCCCGCCGGCCCAGCUGGACCACCAGGACAACCCGGAGAUGCUGGAACCCCCGGUAAUCCAGGUGUCGUUGGUCCAGUGGGAGAUGCUGGAGCUCCCGGUCCUGCCGGUGCUCCUGGAUCGCCUGGUUCCAAUGGAAUCGACGGUGCUCGAGGAGAGAAGGGAUCUUGCGAGCAUUGCCCGCCUCCCCGAACUGCCCCAGGCUAUUAG